GUUUUUUCGUCUCCCUUCGUUCCCUUGCAGCAUCCCCGGGUUCCCUUCUCCCGAAAGAACUGCCCAAAGUCAAAGAAGGCCUCCACAGUGCAAGAAACGUCUGUGAGGGACGAUGCCGUUUCACUACCCAAACCCACUGGGGCGGCUCCGCCUCGGCUGCAAGCGUUAUGGUUUCGUGUCGACCAAGGGAGAGGGCAGCGACGGGCGUGCAGACAUCGUCGAAGAAGCGGGCGGCCAGAACAACCCCAUCCUGCUCAAGUGGACGAGAGACGGCGAUGGGUGUGUGUUCCAAGAAGCCAUCAAGACGGAGCGCAUCUGCUCGGACGCCGCCGACACGGGCGUCGUCCCGAAGUUCCACGGCAAGACGGCCUUCCGUCUGCAGCCGGACGCCCAGAACCCCCACAACAAAUGGGGUGUCGGCUUCGGCGUCGAGCUCGGCCAGGGAUGCGCCGCAAGUCGGGUGCAAGACGCCGGGCAGUCCAUGCGCGGCAACCUCCUCCUAUACAGGGAAAUGGUACGUACCUACUUACAAACACACAGACACGGAUGGAUUCAUUCAUUGCAUGCCUGAGCGAGCGAGUGGCGGGCGGGAGCCAAAGGCAGACAGACAGACAGGCAGACGUAUACACAUAUUUAUUAUCAUAGGGUCUGUCUGUCUGUUUCUGUGUGUGUAGGUACAUGCGUUGAAGACACUGCACAGCAGCGGAUGGAUGCACGGCGACUGCAAACUUACCAACGGUAAUUGCGAGCGAAGUCCACUCAUAAGGAAAUAACACAUGGCUGCAUGGGGCUGGCAUAUACGCUGUGUUCCUUCUCUCUUUGUGUGUGUCUCUGUCUGUGUAUUUGCUCAGCCGUGGUGCCCAUGGAUGGGCUGCUGCGUCUCAUGCUCAUCGAUUUCAACAGAGCCAAGAGACUGCAGGAGAUCGCAGCGGCCGCUAACAUCGAGCCGCAGACCGUCGGCCGGUCGGAGUCGAUCACGGGAGCGUUCGCCUACUGCUCGUCGUGGGCGCGCUCAGGGGCAAGGAGACCGGCGCAACUAGAAGAAGUAAGCAAGGAACCGAGAGAGACGAUGCUUACUCCACUUGGUUGGUUCAGGGAUCGCUGCCUGCAUUUUAUAUCUGACGACCUCUUACUUAUCCGCCACUGCAGCAACACGACAUUCAAGUACGAUUGGAGAGCAACUCGUGACGUCUCUGCAUUUCAUUCCUCCCUGUCCUGUCAGAUCGCCGUCGGCAGUCAACACCGCAUGAUAGCGAAUUGGCUUCAGCAGGCGCCUCAGGUCAGCCUGCCACUGCAGCGGCUGCCGCUGAGCAAGUUGAGGCCGACGGAGCGGCCACACAGGGGAUGGAUGUCAUUGCGAGGCCGCGGCAUCCCCUCAUGCGAUCUGUAGAUGAUGAUAUGGACGACGGCACAGACGAAGAGGAGGAUGACGGCCCUUUGGAGGGCGGCUUCUUCACGUUGCCAGAGCCGGCCAUUCCGCCCAUGGAGAUUGCCCUGCACGUCGACCUCGCCUCGGCAGUGGAGCUUCCCGAGGACGACCCCAUGGUGCAGGCCAGCACCGAGGAACACGAUCAGGUUGAAGACCCCGAGCGACGGUACGUUCACAUCACUUGAACAAAUAAGCUGAUGCCGAUUGAUACAGAGAGCGCAUGCAUGCAUCCAUUCGCCAUCUAUAUUAUUGUGUGCCUGGGUGCUCUUUCUCUCUUUCUCUGACAGAGACAGCAGCUGCGUCCCGUUCAGCACUCAGUGCAUUCAAACAUCUCUCUCUCUCUCUCCCUCUCUCUCUCUCUCUCUGGCUCUCUUUAGGCAUUACAAGCGACUGGGUCUGCCCCUCCCCGAGGAGGAGCAGGAGCAACUCGACUUCUUCACAUGUGACACUCACCAAGACAUCUGGCCUGACCAGCUGGAUCGCAUUCGACACAUAUUCGGUAUGCACACAAGGUCAAGCCCACAAAACGCUACGGACGGUUCGUUGUCAAUGGUCCUGGCUGCUCUUCAAAUCCUGUAUUCCAUUCAAUGGCAGACACGUUGGAAGUCGUCGAGGAGGUCUCUGCCGAGGCCGUGGAGGAGCGGUUCAAGCCGGACUUCUUCACCAAGACCUACGACCACCCGGUCGAAGGCGUGCUGCAGGCCAUGCAGAGGGGAGUGGAGAGGGGACGAGCACGAUGCAAUCAUGACAUCGAGGUACACACAAAUCAUUCAACACACAUCCACAAAUGCCCCCCUGUCUCUUCUCUCUCUCUCUGUGCUGUCUGUCUGUAUGUGGGUGUCUGUCUGUGUGUGUCUGCAGGCUGGUCUGGUUUGCUGCGCAUCGCUGCUGGAGGGCAAGGAGGAGUUCAUGAAGGUGGUGGGGCUCAGCGUCGCGCACAGGGAGGCCAUAUGGGAGUGGCCACUGAAUACUUCUGAAGGCACGUGAUGAAAGACACACGGCUCACCGGUGAAAUCCACUUGGUUGGUUCAGGGAUCGCUGCCUGCAUUCUAUAUUCGACGGAUUCUUACUUGUCGACUACUGCGCCAAGACGACCACUUCAUUCGCGCCUUCACCAAGGGCUCUUCUUGUCAUGACGGACACUUGACACAUGUCCCUUUUGUCUGGUCUCUCAGCUCAGCGAGAGAAGCUGACGGGAUCGUUGCCGGCCUUCGCCGCGAAGGUGCGUAAGGAAGAUAGAACAAGGAGGAUAAUGCAUCAAUUUGUUCAUGUCUCCCAUGUGUUUCCUCUGUUCCUCUACGCAUACUCGGCCGCGUCGACAGCCGUCUAGUGGUCGACCAACUGCAGACCCGCCACACCCUUACAGGGGCGAGAGACAGAGAGGGGGAGAGGGAGCCAGCUAUGCACACUGUGUGCAGUGUGUGUGGUUAGGCCAGCUACACUGCUGCCAACAGUGGUCGACGAUGGCGCCGGAGCGCGUCGACGAGUUGCAGUACAUCAAGCAGCGUCAAGCGGGCAGACGUCGGACGCAUGGAUUGCAUGCAAACACGUGUGCGUGUCUGUAUUCUGUCGCCCUGGCUGCCUGCAGGACCCAACUGCGCCUCAGUCUGUCCACCUCGACCACAUUCAGCGCCCUCCUGGACGACUAGGCCCUGAAGGAGGGAAACACGCAUGGCCACUGCAGGCACACGCCUGACUGCAGUGUUUGUUGGGUGCUCUCCCUGUGCUGUCUGUCUGCGUGUCUGGUCAUGCAGAAGUUGGCGAGGACUGAGAGGCGCGCGGAGGAGAAGGCUCGAGCGGAUGCUCUGACCGCUGAGCUCAAGGCCGUCAAGGAGGCUGCCAAGACGCAGGCCACCCUGGUCAGUGACACAACAAGAACCUCCAUCCGUCCACACACACACACACACAUCCAUGCUGGCCUCCAUCUAUCUGUGUGUGUGCGGGUGUCGCCUUGACUCGUUGGUUUGUUCAGCUCAAGUCGGUUCGGGUGUGCGAAGCGAGGGCCAGCAGGGCCGCCAACGAACACGACCUGGACAAGUACAAACUGGAGCUGGCCAACCGGCUGCUUCAGGUAUGUAUGUAUGUAUGUUGUCAAGGCCACGCCAGGGCACACACAUGUUGUUUGUUCUGGGUCUGCUGGUGGGGUCUGUUGUCAGCCCCAGGGGCAGCAGCAGCCCCACCAGCAUCGAGGCCAAGAGAACCAGCAGCCCCAACAACAGACCCUCACCAAAGACAACACAGCUAAAAGCGCAAGCGCGGCACGCGGCUCAAGGCCGAGGCCGAUGCUCUCGCUGCCAAGGCCAAGGGAUACCUCACGCGCCGCACCAACAACCGACAGCAAUGGAUGUGCCGACAGCCCCACCGGCUGGGCGAGGGCUCCCGUGCCAUCGUCAGGGCGGGCCUGGUGAAUGGGGAAUGGCGGGCAUUCAAAAUCGCCGUCUUUGACGGCACCAACACCAAGUGGCGCGUCGCCCUGAGGGAGAUGGAGGUGGAGAGGCAGCGCAUGGCCAUGGUCCAGGCCAACAGGGAGAGGGAGGGGAAGGAGCUGCAGCCCUUUCUGCGGCUGUAUGACGCCGCCACCAGCCUCGAGGACAAGGCGGCCUACCAGGAGUCGGCUGGUGCGCCGCCGAAGCCCUGUGUGUACAUAGAGAUGCAGCCACUCAACGGUGAGCAGACAAUGAGGGGAAAUGCACUAGAUGCACUCAUUCACGGCUGCUUUCUUUGUCUUGUCUUGAUUCGUCAGAGCCCCUAGGGCCACAGAGGUACGUCAGCCUCAAGGAGCUGAUUUGGGAUAUGGGGUGCAACACGGCGGCCAUAGGCCGUAACCCGCGAGGCGGCCCCAAGCUCCGCCUUCUCUCGGUCAAGUACCUCGUGCGGGCGUUCGCGUGGGCGGCGAGCACCCUGCGCACAGCCCUCGAGGAGGACGGGCUUAGUUUGCCUGGACCACUGCGCCAAGAACAUCUACGUCAACAAAUACAAGCUCGAAAGGCAGGAGCAGCCCGACGCCUUCCUCAUCGACCUCGCCAACACGGCGCUCGUCAAGCCCCCUGGCCCCUGCAUGCACUCUGCCGACGGCACCGUCCCCACCCCUCCCUGUCCCCACGCCGCACUCAUCCCCGUCCGCAAGGCCGCCCAAAGAGAGGAGCAGCAGCUGCCCACCUACACCUGCUUCCACGCUGCGCCAGAGCAGUUGCUGUUCAACACGGAGCAGCUCGUCAGAGACGGCACACAAGAGGACAUCGCCAAGUGGGGCGGCGAGACCCUCGAGCAGGGGCCGGUCAAGUGGGGUCACAUUUGGGACAGACAGGUGUUGCUGCGGGCAGGGCUGCGGGAGCAGCAGCAGCUGGUGGGCGAGGGGCCGAUGCUGGGGCUCUGGAUGACGGACAGGACGCCGUCAUUCAAGCUCGGCUGCAGCCUGUACAAUGCCCUGCGCGGCGAGCUGUUCAUCGAGAAGCUCGAGCGGGAGGACGGCAACUGGCCAGCGGAGCCACAGCCGCCGAAGGAGCCGCCCCAGGACGCCGCCGAGGACGCCAAGGCCGCCUAUCAGCAGCAGAGGGCCGCGUACGAGAAGGCCAGGAAGGCCUACCAGCAGCACAGGAAUGUGCAGCAGGCCAUCAUCGGCUACUGGUGGGCAGACCAGCGGCUGCGCGUGAUGGACAGCAACGGCCACCCCAUUGGCGGCAAGGAGGGGCUGUGGGAAUGCAGGGAGGAGAGGGGGGCUGGAGUGGGUAGAGGGUGCCUUGAAGCGGCUGGACAGGAUUAGGGAGGCGGCGACUCGGCCACUGCCCCUCGACAGGUGCAGUCUGGCCGAGCAAGAGCAGCAGCUGCGUAGCGUGGUUGCUGAUUUGGAGAGCGUCGCCAAGGCGAAGGCGUCCGGCAGCAGCCCAGCAGCGGCGGCGUCUUUGUCAUCCACAGCCGCAUCGCCCCAGGGCGCCCACUGCCCCGCACCACCCGCGUCGCCCGACACAUCGCCAGCACCCGUAGUGGCCGCAGGCCGCCCAGAAGGCCAGAGAGAAGGUGAGCAAUCAUGAGCGACAAGUACGUAGCCCAUUGUUCUCUCCCCCUUGUGUCACUCAGACGACUCGAUCGCUGCUUACAUUUUAUAUUUGUGGAGACCUAUCAACCGUCAGCACAUGAUCUUCCCUCCCCAGAGGGAGAACCAGCAUGCCGCCCCCGAGCAGGUUGCCCACCUGGUGAAGACAAUCAAGGAGUGUGGCGAUGCCCUCGAAAGGCCGGGUCUGAAGAUGAUUCAACAGGCCAAACUCGUCAUUUAAGUUACCAGGCCGGGCGAUGUGGAUAGGGUGCUGAAGAGCGGCGCCGAUGGUGCUGAAGAGUGCAUCCAUCAAGAUGCUUGGGGAAUCGACCAGCUCACCGUCACGAAGACAUAAGACUUGAAGUGUCUCUGACGGUGCCGCGGGUGCCGAACAUGCUCUGCUGCCCUAGUGUUUUUGGAGAGGGGGACUCCAGAUUACCAAGGGAGUGAGACGUACACAUGCAGAGCGAGACACAACUCUCCCCCAACCAUUCCUGUGUGUCCUUGGCGCAUUCGAGGAUGUGGGUGUCGUGUCUGCAGCAAAUUCACCCGGCGGGGCUUCUGCAUGGACUUCACGAGUGCCAGUCGCUGCAGGAUGAAGUACACGUACAUAUCAGGCACUCAACAUCAGCAGCUUGGCUCAUUCAACUGUGUCUCCUCGCCUGCCUGCAUUUUUAAGGAUGCGACGGCUCCACGACAGCAAGGGCUCCUCUCGUCCACAAGAUCGUUAAGACAUAUGCCAGACCAGCAAUGCAGGCAGGUGCAUAUCCGGCUGGGAGCUGACUGGCGAGGAGACCAAGUGCGUCAGCUGCCAUUCAGGACGUUCAGGACGCUGAUUGAUGACCGACUUUGCAGCACCAAGGGCGGAUAGAGGCAGGGAAGGGGGGAGAGAAUGCUGGCCGUUCUUGUGUGUGUGUGAGCUUUGAAUAGGUAUAUGCGGGUGUCUGUUGGAUGUGCGGACGCUGCUGUGAAGCACUUCCGUGGCCAGUUUCCGUCUCUGUGAGUGGGUGCGUCGUGAUCGAUCUUGUCUUGAGGUGCAUCG